AUGGCAAACUUGACGUCAAAUAAGAAACGCAGAGGAAAAUCCAAAAAUCAACCGAAGUUCGGCUCCUUGCUGAAUAAACCUAUCAACGGAGAACUGAUAUCAUAUGUUGCUCAAAUGGCAGCGAAUGUCGUUCCAUGCGACCCAGACCCUCCAUGGCCACUUUCAGCUACAUACAGCAAGGAUAUUCCGCCCUUAGAAGCCUUUAUCUCCCACCUUGUGGCGGGAUCUAAUGUCCCGACGUCUACGUUUCUCACAUCGCUCGUCUACUUAGCUCGGAUAAAAUCUCGACUCCCUCCUGGAACAAGGGGAUUUCGAUGUACGCGUCACCGUAUCUUCUUAGCUUCGCUCAUUUUGGCAGAUAAAUAUGUCAAUGACGUAUGCUAUAAAAACUCUUCUUGGGCUCACCUUAGUAUCAUGAAUUGGGAAAACUCUAAUUUCGGAUUUCUCACUUCUGAAGUUACCGCGGCUGAAAAAGAACUUUUAUCUCUGUUAGACUAUAAUGUCCGAAUUACACAGGAAGAUCUACAAGAACAGUUGCUGCCGCUUAAGUAA